AGCAAAGCAAUUCAAAAGCGCCAGUCGUUCAGAACAGUCCCAAGUGAUAGUUUCCCUAUCGCAAAAAAGCACCAAAACAGACUCAUGCAGGUCAAAUCAUGUCGUUUGCAGUGUUUGUGCCAAACGUAACCGAUGUACAACCAGUGCAAGAAUGAGUGUACGAAAUGGGUGUCCGAUCGUGGCGGUCCUUCUUUGUGCUUCUGUGGGUGUAUUUUUUUGGGAUAAAGCUCGGGAGAGGAGACACGAUAUGUGACCUAAAGGGCUGCAAUUGCACCGUAAAGGUGGCCAAGUGGAAGAGUGUUAAUUGCUCCCUGAGUGGAGUUCAGGAACUGAGACUGGACUUGUACCGGAUACCUCUCGAAACCGUCGAUGUGUUCAUCACAGGCGGUGAAAAAAUCGCCUUGGGUCCAAAAUCGUUCGACCAGAUGCCCGGUCUGGCCCUUCUUCACAUAGAAGGCACUCGUUCAGUUGUGAUGGAAAAACAGUCCUUUCGCAACGUAACCACUCCUAGUCUAAUAAUUCAAAUCCAAAACUGUGAUCAAUUAAGCAUAAAGACUGGUGCAUUCGACGGUGUACAGAGUUCCAUAGAAGUUGAAAUUGUACGAUGUGGUUCAGUGAAUGUGGAAAAAACAGCGUUCGGGAAGCUAAAAAGUGCUCUCUUUAGAGACGUUGAGGAAUUGGUCUUAGCUACGGAGACUUUUGAGUUUAAAAAUCAGGGCAGUAUUGGACGGCAUGGUCCCGUCACCACUAUUUUCUUCGACCAUGUGACAAUAACAACAAUCCCGCCCCGCACGUUUUUCUCAAGUUUAGCCGACGUAACCUUUCGUAAUUCCCACAUUACCGAAAUCAAAUCGGAAGCAUUCUCAGCGAACCAAAUUUCCUCGAUAACAUUUACGAAUUCAUCGAUCGAUUACAUCGACAGCAACUCAUUCAUAAGUCGGACCCUAAUUUACAACUUCAAACUGCAGAAAUGCACGAUUAAACAAAUCCGAGAAGGGGCUGUCAUGUCCGCCAUCACCAACCUAACUGUUCAACAUUCCAAUAUAACAGAAAUCCAGAGCGGAGCCAUCAACAGCACCGUCGCCAAAGUGGACAUCUCCGACAACGCAAUCCGAAACCUCCAGUCCUCGAGUGUGACUUUCAACAAUUGGAACAAAAUCUCGUUUGAUCACAACAUCGUUUUCAAUUUACACGCGCACUCGAUCCAAGCGCCUGUUAAUCCAGACGUUGUUGAAUUCUCAUUCAGCGGGAACGAAAUCUUCAAAUUCUCCCAAAGUGCCUUAAGUUUCGUGCCAGAUUUAGACGACCAUGUUUUCGUAUUCAAAGACAAUUUCUUCGAACAAACGUGCCAUUGUACUUUAGACGAAUGGAUCGUCGAACUCAUCAAUGCCAACAUUACGACCAAAAUCAACAAAAUCGCCAACAACACCUUCUGCCGAGUCACCGAUUUUUUAUCGCAAUGUUUCGAACUAAAAGUCGGUGUUAUAAACGUGAAAAACUUCACUCAACUCGUUUGCAACUCAAACUUUACCGUUGUCUGCGAACCUUACAAAGGCGAAACGAAAAUUGUCAAUACCACUAUUGCGAUUUUCACCGAUCAAGACUCGGAUUCGUCAAGCCAUUGGUUGACUGUUAUCAUAACUACGACUUCAAUCCUAAUUCUGCUCGUAAUUAUCACUUCCACCGUUAUGUUGAUUAGGGGAAGUCGCUGGUUGAAACGUAAAGGUUACUUCCGUAAAAUCCAAUACAACCAAAACAACGAACACAGCAAUGAUGAAGAAAACACCAUUGAAACGGUCGAUGAAGGCGACAAGCUUGACAUUUCUGAAGACUUGACCAUGGAGUUACUCCAAGACUUGUCAAAGAAACUCGAUGACCCAUUAACCCAUCAAGAAGCAUCGGAAAUGAUCGAACAACUUUACCAAAAAUACAUACAUAACAUGGGCUCGGAAAACAACAACCAACAAGAAGACGAGGCCCAUUUGUACGAAGAGCUGGGGAAUUUGCAAAUUGCUGAUGCAAAUAAACAACAAAGUGGCCCCAGAAGCAUUUUACGUUUGAUGGAAGAGAAGUUUAACACACAUUUUGAGGAUAUAGAUGCCGAUGAUCGUCCUGCCCUUGUUGGGGAAUAUUCAGAACCGUCGGAUGCCGCAGUUCAUUUGUAUUCCGAACUGAGGCAAAAUAAGGACGAAAGUGAGAAUAAAGACUCGCUAAAGUCGCGAGGUUCGAGCAAUAUGGCCUUCAGGCCAUUGCCUGAUAAACCAGGAUCGUCGAAAAUGUUGUAGUGAUCUCGUGUUAUUCUAUUCCAGACAAUCAGUGCCUCGUGAAAUGAGUUGUAGCUGUGAUAAUGUACAGUGGUGGCAACGCAAUUUGUGUUGUUUACGUGUAUAUUUUGUAAUUUUAUUUUGAUUCAAUAGUAUUUUAUAUUAAUGAUUACUUGCGUUGUAUAGUUUAUGUUAUCGGCAUCAUUUUAUCAAGUUACUUAUGUUCUUUGUGCGAUGUGAGAGGAUGUGUAAUGAAAUUAUUAUGAAAUAUACUUUCCGUAAAACUGUGA